AUGUGGCUAGUAAGGUUUUUCUUUCUAGUAAACACAGCUUUGUGCUAUUUUAUAGACGAAAAGUAUCGGGAUGCCUCAGUGGAUGUAGAGUUUAUGGAGGAUAAAAUGAGAAAUGUUUACAUAAGCUUUGCAAUUGAUGGGUACAUAUACUCAUCAGUUAUACGUAUGGAGAAGAUACAAAGGCUGGGAAGAAAUUCAUUUACAACAUACAAUGCUGUAUAUACGAAAAAGCAAGAAAAUAUAGAAAAAAGCAGCCUGCCCUCUUUAAAAGAAGUCUUUGAUGAUGUGCACGGCUGGUUUAUACGCGAAAAUGCAACAGGGAUGCUCAGUGGGGUGCUGGUUGACAACUCAAAAAUAAUUCACAUAAAGCCAAAACAGUUUCUCUUCCCAGGCAGCUCACCAAGCGAACUAAUCGCAUUUGCAGCAGACACAGACUAUCCAGAGUACAUUUGCAAGCCUCUUGAGGAUUCCCCUGAGAUCUUGGCAUUUGAUGAGCCUUUGGAGGAUAAUAGAAACUAUUUUGAAAAAGCCGCAGAGUACUUCAAAACCAAAGCAAUGUAUGGGAGGAGUGAAGUGCGCCCUGAGAAGACUAUAUACACAAGAAUAAAGAACAGUCUGCCAGACACCUUGCGGCAGAUAGUAUUCUGGUGGGAUCCUGUGAGAACAGAUGAAAGCCCAGAUGAAGAAGGGUACAGCUCGUAUGAUGCAUUCGAGCACCCCGAAACACCAGAGGAAAUUGCCAUGCGCAAAAAGAGGCUGGCUGUGCAGAAGGAAAUUGAAGCCCUCAGAAAUAAAAUGAGGGGUACCUGCGGGAAGUGCACGGCCUCCGGGGCACUCAAGGAGAAAGGCAGAGAUAUAUUCAAAUUAGCAGAAGAAGAGACUGAUACUGCAAUGGAGGAGCAAGAGAGCGAGGAGGAACAGACUGAAAUUAGUGAAGAUAUUAGUCAUGAAGAAGUAUAUGUAGAAGAGACUGUAGAUAGAUUUAGCAGUAUUCACGAAAAUAAAUCUGUACACCUGCAUCUCUCAGAGACAAAAUACAACCAGACGAAAGAACAAGAUAAUUCAGGCUACAAUGGACCUGGUGACUCAGAUGAAUCUAGCAGUACAUUAAAGAAUCAAAGUUCUUUUCGUGUGAAAACAAGUGCAUAUGCAGAUAGAGAUAUCUAUGCCUUAAUAGAGGACAUGUCUAGUCUAUCUAUUGGAUCUUCUGAAAUUCCCCAGGAGCCUACUUCAAAGGAAAUUUUAACCCAGAGUAGUGCGUGUGUUGUAGUGAAGGAUGAUUUGGCUGUUUGCAGUGCAGAAAUAGGCAAAGAAGACUAUCCAGAUGGUAAAAGCACUAAGACCCAUAUGAGCAGUGGAGUAUCCCAGGGAAAGGGAAUAGACUCAGUUCUGUAUACACACCAGAAUAAAAGCGACACAAAAUCACCACAAAAGAAGAAAAGUGGAAAAACACCCUCGAAGCUAAAGGGAAAAAAGAAAAACGCACAGCUUAUUCAGGAGAAAAAAGACAGAGUCAUAGGAAACACCUUUGUAACCACGCGGAUCCCAAAGUCAAAUAAGGUUCUGAAAAAAGGCGAAGUAGUUUUAAUGGGAAUCCCGUACUACUCGCGGACUGCAGAGAUAGAAAGCGCAAUUAAGCCAAAUAUAAAAUACGGGUUCCCUGUAGAAACAAAAGCAAUUCCAGUGGCAGUUGCCAUAGACAGCCACUACAUAGAGAAGCUCGGGUCAAAGCGAGAAGCUGUUUUUUCUGUUCUGGAGAACAUGAAUAUUGCAAGCCGGAUAUAUGAACGAUCAUUUAACGUACUUUUGUACGUAAGUGACAUAAUAAUUGACCAGUCUGCAGAGUGGUACACUAGCUCAGGGUCUCUGGUCCAGAAACUAGACCACUUCAGAAGGUAUAGACAGAGGAAGAAAAAGAAGUGCAUGAUAUACCAUAUUGCAACUGCAUCUUCCAAGAAUACAGCGCAGAUUGGCCUGGCGUGGCGUGGUACCAUUGGCUACACGUCCACCAGAAAUAUCAGUGCAAGCAUAUACACGGAAAACCAGUUUGUCACAAUGGCGCACGAAAUAGGCCACAAUCUGGGGCUGUUCCAUGACUGCGAUGAAGACACGUGCAGGGCCUCAGACAGAGUCAACUACCCAUGCAAUCCGUGCGACGGGUGCGACUGUAGAGGAAAAUAUAUUAUGAACUCCAAAAAGGUCCCAAAUCUACUCUCUUUCUCGCCCCCAACUGUGAGAGAGAUGAGUAUUAUACUGUCAAAUCUAGACGCAGAGAUGCCAAAGGCAGAAGACGUGACCAUGCCAUACCCAAUCUGCGGGAAUGGAAUUGUUGAAAUGGGUGAAGAGUGUGAUGGUGGCCCAUUUGGCGAUGCCUGCUGCACGCCUGACUGCAAGCUGCGCCUGGGGGCACUUUGCUCAGAUGCAAACAGCGGGUGCUGCCAAGGGUGCCAGCCUGCAAAGGCCGGGACUGUAUGCAGAAAGGCCCUGGAUGAGUGCCAGAAAAAGUCUGUUUGCGACGGCGUGACAUCAAAGUGCCCUGCGUCAUCGUUUGUUCAGAAUAAAAACAAGUGCUCAGCAGGGUUCUGUGCAAGCGGCCUGUGCACGAAUAAAGACAGGCAGUGCGUCAUGGCAGGCGACAAAUAUUCAAUUAUCUCUGCACUGCCUGGGUACAGCGGGUGUGCCAUGAAGUGUGUAAAUAAAAAAGGAAAGUCUGUUGCGCUUCCUGAAAAGUCGUUUCGAGAUGGCACACCGUGCGGGUGGAAUGGAACAUGCAUGCAGGGAAGGUGCACAAAGGACCUGGGCCUGGCAGCAAUUACUGUACUCGCAUUUUUGAUAGGACUACUUUUAGUGGGACUGGCUUUAAUGUGA